AUGCAAGAUGGGGCUGUAUACGAGAAGAGAAAAGGCAGGAAACCUUGCAGACAAUACAGUAAGUCUGAGUCGUUUCCUAGCACAGUACAGAACAGCGACUCAAUCAUUAUAAAAAGUGUACCGUGGUAUACGAGGUUCCUCCGAUGGACUGUAACCAGUGACCAUACAUUCCCGGCAGAAGAAACUUCUAAAAACUAUCAUUCACUAGCGCGGAUCACGAACUAUAUCUUCUUUUUUGGGGGUCGUUUUAGGACGGUUUCAAACAAUAAGAACCUGUUUGCCUGUGUUUUAUUGUUACUUUUAUUUCCUGUAAUACUGUUUUCUAUAUGUGAGGUGCGCCAUCUUUGGUAUUCGACGAAUACGAAGGCCACCGUUAUCCUAUUUUACUACUCAUGGACAUUAUGCUUUCUUUCCUUCAUAAAAACUGCGACCACGGACCCUGGAACGCUGCCUAGGAACAUCCAUCUUCCUCAACUACGAAACGAUUACGAACUACCUUCUGAAUACUAUAGCAUUAUUACACUUCCCUCUUCAUCUACAAAUUCCCCAAUACAGUUAAAAUACUGUACCACAUGUCGAAUAUGGAGGCCAUUAAGAGCAUCCCAUUGCUCAACAUGCAAUAGCUGUAUAAUGACCUUUGACCAUCACUGCAUCUGGGUUAACAACUGCGUGGGCCAAAGAAACUAUCGCUAUUUCCUCACAUUUAUCUACAGCGCAGUACUCACUAUUAUCCUGCUGGUAAUUAACUGCUCUGUCAGACUUUCUAAGGGCUCUCCAACAGCAAAAACCCCAAGCCUUUUAUUGAUAUGUUACUGCGGUGUCGGCAUCUGGUAUCCACUAAUCCUAGGCAUAUAUCACAUCUUCCUAGCAGGCACACAGCAGACGACACACGAAUACCUCAAACUAAUAAAAUCGGGCAACCCUAUCUGCCAUAAGGUGGUCCCUACAGAAAAUAACCCAUUUCUUACUGACUCUUUCUUCAAGAACAUGAUUUUACUCAUGUGCCAGCCAAGAGGACAUAAUGUUGUCAGUGCUAGGCAUUACCAUCGCCCAGGGGACUGGCGAUUUGUUAAGCUUCCUCUACCCCAUUCCUUCGAAAAGCUCUAA